AUGAAAGCUACAUUAGUUCUGUGGACAAUAGUUUGUACCGUGGUACUCUCUGCGUACGCCACACCUGCCAUCAGUUCCAAUGAAAAUGCGAUUCCGGCCGUAAAUCGUAACCAAUUGGAAGAGGGAUUUCUGCGAAAACUGAAUACAAAAUGCAGCCAAAGAGAUAAUCAUUCAUGCAUGAUGCUGAAGUUGAUAGUUUACAUGAAUCGAAUAUUCAAAAAAUCCUCGCUGGAAGUAAACAAAAAAGUUACGGUGACACAAAACAGGGAUAUCGAUGAAAUACCUGAUGACCCAGAAGAUGAUAUGCUUUUGGCUCGCUCCAUUGACUCGGAUGAUGAAACUUUGGCCUUACUGGUGGCCAGUAAGGUGAGAAAGUUCAUAUCGUCCCGCAUGCUGCGUUAUCAUUUCAGUGAUAAUGCAGAUUUUGUGGCCUACACCGAACCCAAGGGAAAUUUGAAUUUUGGUGUCUCCAUAAGUCCGGCCCAUGCCUUCGAUGAGGGUAGGGGAAAAAUGAAGAACAUGAUGCCCAUACUGAUGAUGAUGGCAGGCAAGGCGGGUAUUGUGGGUGCCAUCAUUUUGAAGGGUUUGUUCCUGUUGGCUGGCAAAGCUUUAAUUGUUUCCAAGAUUGCUUUGCUGUUGUCGGUCAUCAUUGCGCUGAAGAAGUUGUUGUCACAAAAGAAACACGUGGUGGAGGUGCCUCAUCAUGACAGCUAUAGCAGCGGUUGGGCCAGAGCCUUGGAUGGCUUUAUCGAAGGCAUUGUGGAGGUGCCAGCGAAAAUUUUGGCCGAUGAAGCCCAUGACAUGGCUUUUAGUGGGCAGAAACCAGAAGCUUUAUAA